GACGUUGCCAGCUCCCUCUGAUUUCAUUUUAAUGAAAUCAUGCCCAAACGAAGGCUCCACGUCUGGAGUUACGACUCAAACCCCGUGAUCGCUCAUUUUUAUAUAUACACGAGGGAGGGGAAAAAGCGUUUCCAUAGAGAGAAAAAAAACUAUCACAGCCCUCUUAAUAACAAUAAAAGAAAAGAGAGGGUGCAGAAGUUCAGGGGGAACGCGCCUGAUGCCUCUCUCCUCGGAGUGAGACCACAGCAACCCCUUCCCACCCCGACCGCCGCCGACUACCCAGGCCACCGCAAUGCCCAACACCAGGCUGCUGCUCCUCCUCACCCUCCUCUGCGCCGCCAAGACCGGCCAGGCUCUCCGCCUCUACAACGCUGCCUCCAUCUUCAGCUGCCUCAACGCGGCCCUCGCCGAAGCCAGGAAGAGCCUCCCAGAGGAAAACGCCGUCUUGGACAAGCGUGGCUUCGACUCCCCAUCGCCAGAGGAGGUGUCUGAGGAGGAGGAGGGGGAGGAUGUGGUGGAUGAAGAGAUGGGGAAAAGGACGUUCCCGGGGGAAGGCCAUUACAAAUAUGUCUCCCAGGCGCAGGUGAAGGGGAAGACCUACCAAAACCGGGCCAAGAGCGACCGCCGCACCAAGGUCACCCUCUCCCUCGACGUCCCCACCAACAUCAUGAACAUCCUCUUCAACAUCGCCAAAGCCAAGAACUUGCGGGCGAAGGCCGCUGCCAACGCGCAUCUCAUGGCCCAAAUCGGGCGGCGGAAGUGACCCCCCGUGGGGCAGGGGGGACUCGGAGCAGGGCUGGCUGCGCAGGGCCACCACCCGCCCCCAGCCUGCCAGCCAGAGGGGACUGAUGACCGUGUAUGAUAUCAGUGUUGUAUAUUUUUGACCCAUAGAGCUACCUAACUUUCAUAUCUCUUCUCCAUCCUUCUCUCCUUCCCAAUCUCCUCCGUUCCUCCUCCUGGAAAUUUCCACACGCGGGGAAAUGUCCGCAGCAGGGCAAGGGGACGUGCCGCCUCGGGAAGGUCCCUAUUAAAGCUACAAUCUCUUGA